GCAGGUGAGAAUGGUGGGAGGUAGCUGAGGCCUGUGUCUGAGCGUCUCUGCAGCCCUCUUCCGCCCUUCCGUGUGCCCUCUGGACUAGUCGGGUGUGAGUGGGUCCAACAGAAGGAAACAUGGCUGCCAAAGUAUUUGAGUCCAUCGGCAAGUUCGGCCUGGCCUUAGCCGUUGCAGGAGGCGUGGUGAACUCUGCUUUGUAUAAUGUGGAUGCUGGACACAGAGCUGUCAUCUUUGACCGAUUCCGUGGAGUGCAGGACAUUGUGGUAGGGGAAGGGACUCACUUCCUCAUCCCAUGGGUACAGAAACCAAUUAUCUUUGACUGCCGCUCUCGACCACGUAACGUGCCAGUCAUCACUGGUAGCAAAGAUUUACAGAAUGUCAACAUCACGCUGCGAAUCCUCUUCCGGCCUGUGGCCAGCCAGCUUCCUCGGAUCUUCACCAGCAUUGGAGAGGACUAUGAUGAGCGUGUGCUGCCAUCUAUUACUACAGAGAUCCUCAAGUCGGUGGUGGCUCGCUUUGAUGCUGGAGAGCUAAUCACCCAGAGAGAGCUCGUCUCCAGGCAGGUGAGCGAUGACCUUACGGAGCGAGCAGCAACCUUUGGGCUCAUCCUGGAUGAUGUUUCCUUGNNACAUCUGACCUUCGGGAAGGAGUUCACAGAAGCAGUGGAAGCCAAACAGGUGGCUCAACAGGAAGCAGAGAGGGCCAGAUUUGUGGUGGAAAAGGCUGAGCAGCAGAAAAAGGCAGCCAUCAUCUCUGCUGAGGGGGACUCCAAGGCAGCAGAGCUGAUUGCCAACUCACUGGCCACAGCGGGUGAUGGCCUGAUCGAGCUCCGCAAGCUGGAGGCUGCAGAGGACAUUGCAUUCCAGCUGUCGCGCUCUCGGAACAUCACCUACCUGCCAGCAGGGCAGUCUGUGCUCCUCCAGCUGCCCCAGUGAGGGCCUGCCCUGCCUGUACUCCUCAGGCCAACUGGGCCACAGCCCUGAUGAUGAUUAACACCACCUCCCUUCUGCCCCCACCCAGAAAUCACUGUGAAAUCUCAUGAUUGGCUUAAAGUGAAGGAAAUAAAAGUAAAAAUCACUUCAGAUCUCUAAUUAUCAAAUGAAGCUCUUUCAUUCUUCUCACACCCAUCUACUUUUUUAACCACCUCCCUACCAAAAUUGCCAAGUGCCUACACAGACUAGCCUUGGGUCCCAGUUCCAGGCCUGCGGGAGCUCCAUUCUAGGCACUGGCAGUUAGCAGGACAGAGGCAGGACAGGGCAUGUGUGGACCAGGGAGCACAGUUGUCAGCCUGGGCAGAUGUGCAGUGUCCGUGCUAUCUGCUGAAGGUUUGAGGAUGUGGCACACGCAGCUCCACUGAGAAUGCAGCCUCAGUUUUUCCAGCGGUUCCUGCACCGACGCAGCUGAAAAGAGGUGCUGGGGAAUGUCAGAAAGGAAGUGAUCUGUCUCUUUCCAUAAGGCUGAUUCUCUUUAACUGUGCGACCAGCGGAAGCAGGUGUGUUCCAACAGGGCAUGGAUCGAAGAAUCUGCCCUUGUUGAGGUGGGUGGGCCUGAUUGAGCUGCCCCCCAGGGUCCCAAAACUGGGAUGGACUUGGAUAGGGAGAGAGGAGGCCUGGACUGAGAUGUGAGUCUGUCGAAGACUUCCUCUCCACACCCACCUUGGUCCCUCUCAAAUACCCAACGGAAUUCCAGCUUGAAGGAUUGCAUCCUGCUGGGCCAAACAUGCCUGCCAAAGACGUGCGCAUCCUGAGUUCCUGGCUCCCUCGUUCAGAGACUGCCCUUCUCAAGGGCUCUGUGCCUAGGCUUUGAAGGAAACCACCACAGGAAGAAAACAAAUGUAUGUAAACUCCUGUCAAUAAAUGACAUGCAGACCUUCCA